AUGCAACAACGGUUGAGGAACACUUGCUGGAGGCCUGGAAUGGAUGACGCGAUAACUCGAGUUGUAGAUGCUUGCGAAGGCUGUCGUUUGGUGAGCCAGCCCGAGCUCCCGGAGCCUAUGCAGAGACGGAAACUACCGGAAGCCUCGUGGUUAGACGUAGCCAUAGACUUUCUGGGACCUCUACCCUCCGGUGACUAUCUUUUGGUUAUCAUCGAUUAUUUUAGUAUAUACAAGGAAGUUGAGAUUCUAAGAAGGAUUACCGCACAAGAAACAGUGGAGCGUUCGGACAAAAUCUUUGUCAGGUUUGGUUAUCCAAAAACAAUAACCCUGGAUAAUGGGCGACAAUUUGUUAGUCGCGAAUUUGAAGAGUUUUGCGAUCGUCGAGGAAUUGUGCUUAAUUCUACCACUCCGUAUUGGCCUCAGGAGAACGGGCUUGUGGAGCGUCAAAACAGGUCACUGAUGAAACGGCUGAAGAUUAGUCAAGCUCUCUGUAGAGACUGGAAGAAAGAUCUUAAUGAAUAUAUGACAAUGUACUAUUCUACGCCUCAUUUACCAACAACGGAUUAUAGGGACAAAGAUCAGCAAUUAAAAGAUCAUGGAAAGGUAUCCGAGGAUCGACGUCAACGGGCAAAGGUGUCAAAUUUGGAAAUCGAUGAUAAAGUCAUUAUGAAAAACGUAUUGCCUGGUAACAAGCUCACUCCAACGUCUGCUCCAAACACGAUGACGGUUAUGGCAAGACAUGGUUCACGAAUAACGGUACAAAAUGAUCAAACGCACAAGCAAUAUGACAGAAAUACGAGUCAUUUGAAGAAAGUAGCUACACCUGUGGGAAACCAAGAUAAAACGCGAUCUGAACAGACGAUACCGUUCGAGACGAGCACUCAACAAAGUGAGGACAUACGCGAAUCAUUGGACAGAUGUCAUGAAGGCUCCAUGAGUGAUCAUUGGUUUCAAGCUGAGGCGAGCAAUGAUGAACCAGUAUCGGAGCGGAACCGAUCACAACGUGUUAUAAGAAAACCACGUCGUUUUGAAGACUGUGUUUGUGAGGUGAUUGUUCUGGACAUAAAAGGUGUGGACUCAGGAUGA